CGUAACAUCAGUUUGAACAAAUUAUGGAUAGCUACUACACUGAGGAAUAUUAUUUGGAUCUGGAAACCAGAAACUGUUGGACAACAGAUUCAGACAUAGAAAAACUUCAAUAUAUAAAUGAAAAUUCGCUUGAAAACUUUUCGAAAUAUAGUGAACAUGAUGAUAUUCAUGAAGACAAAGAUUUUAGCAUAAAAUGCCGAAAAUCAAGAACAGCUUUUUCAAAGUACCAGCUUACGUGGCUUGAAAACGAGUUUAACAACUACAAAUACUUAACAAGACUACGAAGAUAUGAAGUAGCCAUUAUUUUAGGUCUCACAGAAAGACAAGUUAAAGUAUGGUUUCAAAAUAGAAGAAUGAAGAAAAAAAGAUUAAGUACUACACGUUAGUUAUAAUACAUCGAUUGGGCAAUUUUACAAUUGAAGCAUUUUUAUCACGUUAAAUCAACUAAUCAAAUAAUAUUAUAUUUAUUUAUCUAUUGUUAUCUGUUAUAUUAAUAUACAGUAUU